AUGAGGCUGUCCCUGUGUGUUCUGUUGGUCAUCCUGGCUGUUCAUUGCUAUGAAGCUAAUGCUGCAACUGUCUGUAAACCCGUUCUUCGUGAAAGCACUUUGUUCCUAACGAUGCCUGAGGAAGUCGUGAGGAAGGAACUUGAGAAAUAUAAUGCACCUCCAGAGGCUGUGGAAGCAAAAUUGGAAGUGAAGCGAUGUGUAGACAACAAUUUGGGCACUCUAGACAAAAAGGGCAUAUUAGAAGUAUUGAGGUCCAUCCUAGAUGCAACACCCUUGUGGCACCCUAAGAAAGACAAAGGGGGCCCUACAAACGAUUCAGUGUCCCCCAAGCACACUGUGGGGCCCUCGUAG